AUGACCAUCAAAGAGCUGAUUCACCGGGUUAACUGGGUGCCUGCUGAACUCUCCCCUGAACCGCUCAACUUUCGAAGAGCUGUAUUCGUGGCAGCUGGCAGCGAGGAGGAAGGUAACAAGCUGUCUAUAUACCAGGCCCAGCUUGCCGAUGAGGGCUACGAAACUGUCAUUGUUAGCCAUGCUACAGAGAUCACCCCUUUGCUAACGUCCGAUACAAUUGUUGUCCACAUCCCACAUGCGGCUAGGGAAAAGAGCAGCAUCUACGACACGGUGACAAGGUCGUGCACCAGCUUGAUUGCAGUGGCACAGAUACUGUAUCAUCAUAGCCAAGCCAACCGAAAUAUGACGAGUAAGCUUUUCUGGCUCAUCUCAAGGGACUUCGGUACGGGUGAUCUAGCGUACGCUCCGCUGUAUGGCCUGGCGCGAGCCAUGAAGAUGGAAAUGUUGGAAAGUUUUGGCGGUCUGUUCCAUGAAGACCAAGGGCGCUUUCCAUUGUCCGCCUUCAAGUACGCGCAAGGUUUUGAUGUUGUCAGGGCCUUCCAGGGCAUAGCGCAGACCGCUUCACUCCAGCCAUUCCAGGACAAGCUGGACGACCAAAGACAGCUUCAGCUCAAAGGGAACAGCACGUACCUCGUUACCGGGGGGACACGGGGUGUGGGUCUGGAGAUAGCGACAUGGUUAGGCGAGCAGGGUGCCCGUAACAUAUUACUGCUAUCUCGUCGUGGACUUAUCCCGGCCCUGGAUACAAACGAGAAUAAUGCAGAUCACGAGCGGCUUGUCUCGCAAAUUGCCAAGCUCAAGAAUUUGGGCGUUUCGGUCCAUGUACUCUCUAUUGACCUCAGCAAGCCUGAGGCAGAGACCUUGCUUGGUCAAGCCAUCGACGAAUUGGAUGUUCCACCUAUAAGGGGGGUGGUCCAUGCGGCCGGCAUUGCAGGCUACCAUACACUACACUGUUGCUCUCCUUCGGAUGUCGCAGAUGUACUGGCACCAAAGGUGAGAGGCUCCUUGGCAUUGGACGCGCUAUUUCCACCCGGUACGCUGGAUUUCUUCGUUCUUAUAUCAUCAGUCGGGCAACUCGUCGGAUUCCCAGGCCAGCUAUCCUACGCACCGGCAAAUGCGUUCCUGGAUGGUUUAGCGGCAUACAGGAGACGCCAUGGUGAUAACAGCAUGUCCAUCCUUUGGACCUGUUGGCGCGGCAUAGGGCUAAUGGCACAAAAUAAGUCUGCCACACGGAUGCUUACCAAGGGGAUGCGGGCUCGGGGCAUUAUGGACGUGAGCAAAUGCGAAGCGUUGGAUGCCUUUAGUCGUAUCUUGAGUCUUGAGACUGACCAUGUGGCAGUGGUACGAGUGUUGAAGCUCGAGGCUGACGAGCCGGUGCGGCAUCCCGUGCUCAAGGACAUCACACCGCGUAAGCAAGCAAUGCAAAGCACCGCUACGGCUUACAAAAGCUACCCCGAGCAUGCGGUGGCAGUGGUGGGCCUGGCUUGCCGCACAGCUGCUGGGGAUACGGUAGAUGACCUUUGGAAGAUCAUUGAGACCGGGAGGAGCAUGGCGCGAGAGAUCGACUUGGCGCGAUUUCCUGAGGUAGUCAGUGAUGGCAAGAUGUGGGGUAACUUUAUGGCUGACAUCGAGUCGUUUGACCACCAAUUUUUCAAAAAGUCCAAGCGUGAGGCAGCAGCAUUGGACCCGCAUCAGCGUGUAUUGCUCGAAACAACAUACCACGCACUUGAAUCAGCUGGUUGUUUUGGUGGUAACCAGCAACAAGAGGCGGAAACACAUGACAAAAGCAGAGGUAGUGAGGUAACAGGUUGUUUCAUCGGCAUGAAUGCACCUGACUACCCUCUGAAUCUAGCUUGCCAUCCAGCCUCGCCAUACACUGGCUUCGGCAUGCUCCGGUCGUUCGUAGCAGGACGGCUGAGCCAUUCCUUCGGCUGGACGGGGCCCUCACAGACCAUCGACACGGCCUGCUCCUCAGCCAUGGUCGCCAUCCACCAAGCCUGCCGCGCCAUCCAGGCAGGUGAGUGCACGCGCGCCGUUGCGGGAGGUAUCAACUUAAUAACCAACAUGGUAUUGCAUAACGCGAUGCGUGUGGGUGGUUUUCUCAAUGAGACAGGUGCCUGCAAGACAUUUGACGCCAGGGCCGACGGGUACUGCCGUGGUGAGGCUGUGGGUGUUGUGGUACUAAAGCCACUUGGGAAGGCGUUGAACGACGGGGAUAGUAUCCAUGGGGUAAUACUGGCUACCGGCAAUAACCAAAACAUCAAUAGUACCAGUAUAACGAACCCAGCUAUCGAGAGCCAGAUGGCAUUAUACAAAGACGUGCUGGAUCGUGCUGGAAUCAGCCCGAAAGAGGUAUCGUACAUAGAGGCGCAUGGCACAGGCACCCGUGUCGGUGACCCUAUCGAGGUCGAGGGGAUCCGGACGAUCCUAGGCGGGCAGGAUAGGGAUUCCACCUUGUAUGUUGGCGCGGUCAAGCCCAAUAUUGGACAUUCGGAGGGAGCCUCCGGUGUGGUCUCGUUCAUCAAGGUCUUGCUUAUGAUGAAGUACGGAAAGAUCCCAGGCCAGGCUCAAUUCCAGACAUUAAAUCCGAAUAUCUCAGCCCUUGAGCCCGAUAUGAUGGCGAUCUCGACGUCGGUGAGGGACUGGUGUGACAGCUUGCGCUUGGCCGUGGUUAACAGUUAUGGCGCUUCCGGAAACAACGCUGCGGCUGUCGUCGCCCCUCCGCCGCCUCCCCCUCCGCCUCCGACUCCACCGCUACCACCGUCGUCCAUCCCAUCGAUCUCUGCCUGGCCUUUUUUCAUCUCGGCUGCUUCCAAGGCCAGCCUUUCGGCCUAUUGUAGAAAACUUCAAAUCCAGAUCCAGCAAGGCUCCCUUCUUCCCGAAACAAGUUCUCACCUCGCUUUCGCUUUGGCCACGAAGCAGAAUCGCAAACUCCAGCAUACGUUUUGCACCACGGCCACUUCCUUGGACGACCUACAAACCCAGCUUUCCGAGCCCGAGAGGCACAUUACAUCUCAGGGCCCCAAGCCUAUAGUGCUUCUCUUCAGCGGACAAAAUGGCGACACUAUUCCCUCGGCUAAACCUCUCUAUGACAGCUCACUGCUAUUCCGAACACAUCUACAUCGGUGUGAGGAAGUCAUGCAGUCACUUGGUUUGCCCAGUCUGUUCCCAGCCGUACUCCAGGGCAACGAGGGUGAUGGUGACUUGAUCCUCCGCCACGCCACGAUGUUUGCCAUCCAGUAUGCGUGCGGUAAAUCAUGGAUCGACUCUGGCGUUAAGCCUGAGGCAAUUUGUGGCCAUUCGUUCGGCGAGUGGGCGGCACUUACCGUUUCAGGUGCUAUCACGCUUGAGGGUGGCAUGAGGCUUGUUACUGGUAUAUACAGCCGCGCAGCCAUCAUCCAGGAGGUGUGGGGAGACGACACCGGGUCCAUGAUAGCCAUUGAGGCCGACUUGGUCGGAACAGACACAACACCGACCGAACAUUUAGCACCAUUCCACAAAAAACACCCAGAUGCCAAGCUCGAUAUUGCUUGUUACAACGGGCCGAACAAUUAUGUUGUCGCCGGCAGCACGGCGCAUAUAGACCUGCUCGAAUCGUACCUAAAUGAAAGGAAGUCUAACAGCGAGAAGCUACGUUUUAAGGUCCUUAGGGGCAUGCACGCGUACCAUUCUUCUAUGGCUGACUCGAUUGUCGAAAAGAGUGCCAGGCUGUCAGCUUCAAUCCCAUUCCAGGUCAGUGAUGGAACAUACCUAAUCGCGCCCAUGCAUUCCCUUUCCAACCAUGUUCCUUUUGCCAAUUCAUCAUUGACCCUCUCUUCUCACCCUACACAGACCCCAGUUUUUCCGUUCGAAUCCUGCCACAAGCAAUCCUGGACUGGACCCGGCUCUAACGUGAUCGCCCGCAAUACUCGCGGGGCUGUGUACUUCGGGCCAGCAAUCUCACGCAUCGUCAACCGUCUGGGGCCCUGUACAUUUCUGGAAGCCGGCUUCGGGGGUCCAAUUAUAGCCAUGGCACGAAAUGCACUGCCGCAGCCCCAGACCCAGUCUCAGCAUACCUUUGUACCGAUCAAUGGGAAUAAACCAGUGCAAUCCCUUGCCAAUGCUGUAGUUACACUAUGGAAGAAUGGCCAGACAAGCGCACAGUUCUGGCUGUUCCACCGGAGCGAACAGUCGAGCUUCAUGCCCGUAGAGCUGCCGCCGUAUCAGUUCGAGAAGCACAGUCAUUGGCUUGAGUACACCCAUCUCGCUGGAAAUCGAGGUAGGAAGACAGAUGAGCAAGACUUAACACAGUAUGAAACGUGCUCUCACUGCUUGAAGGAUAUUGACCGCUUCCCUUACAUAUCUCAUGUCAAGUCUCAAACCCAGGGUAGGGGCAAGUCCGUUUUCAAGAUCGAUAUGCGCAGCAGACGGUACCAGGACCUCGUCAAAGGCCAUGUCGUGGUUGGGUCACCGAUAUGUCCAGCAGCAAUGUACCUGGAGCUGGCCUCACAUGCCGUAGCCUUGCUACAUAAAGAUCACAGAGUGUCUAAUAUCCCAGAAAUUGUAGCAGAUGCCGUCAAGAUCAAGGCACCACUGGGUUUGGACAUGCAGCGUUCCGUCACACUAACCUUGACGGAGAACAGUCAGGGCAUGUGGGACUUCGAACUGUUCUCCACUAAGAAUAGCAAGUCAAUAUCACACGCCACGGGGAGCAUUGCUUUGCGAAACAGCAGCAUUAGCAGUGUGCACGAGGAACAGGACAAAAAGGACAAAUGGGCCCGCAUCACCGAACUAUUAGAGACAGAUACUAAUACGGAAGCUUUGCGCGGCACGAUGGUGUACAAGGUGUUCCGUAAGAUGGCCAUAUACUCAGCAGCCUACCAGGGCCUACGAUACUUGGUUGGAAAGGGCACGGAAGGUGCGGGGGACAUCACAGUACCCGUGGGGGACGUCAAUGCGAUAGCCAGGGCGCCGAACGACGGCAUCUCAGAUCCCGCUGUCGUGGACACCUUCUUACAGGUACCAGGUGCAUUUAUACAUUCGCUGCGAGCUACGGAUGAGAUAGAAGCUGGAGACACAUCCUAUAUCUGUACGGGCAUCGAUGCCGUAGGACCACUGAACGGGCUACGCGCUAGCGGGAAAUACAGAGUGUAUACAAAGAUUGUCCGGGAGGACAAUAGAGAGGCUGUUCUGGAUGUCUUUUCGUUCGACACACAAACUGGGAGUAUUAUUUGGUCCGCCAAGGGACUGAAGUUCUCGAAGGUCCCUCGCAGCUCGCUAGCGAAAGUGCUGGCAGGAGCCAAUCCUGGCAUGGAGUUCACCAAUCCCGUGGGCUCGUCUAACCCUGCUACUCAGUCAUUCUCCCCCAAGAUCCCAUACCAAGUGGCUUCUGCUGCUCAUCGGGAAAAGUUCAGCAAGAACGAGAAAAGAUCAGCCAGUGUACUGAGUGAAGUCCAAACAGUCUUAAGCCACUCCCUGGAUGUACCAGUCGAAGAGAUUACAAAUCAGGCCCUGCUCGAGGAGCUUGGUGUGGACUCGUUAGUUGGGUCGGAAGUGCUAGCUAAUCUCCGUAACAGAUUCAAGAUCCAAAUUUCAAGUGAAGAUCUGACAACAGCUAAGAAAGUUGCGUGUUUGUGUGAACUGAUCUCCUCUAGGGUAGAUGGCGACACCAGCAGCGAUAUCGACAGUGAAGACCAGGAUCCCGAUCCUAUGUACAAAACGGCUGAUGACGGGACUCCAAUGUGGCAGAAGACGGUAUUCCAGAUCCUUGGGCAGUCUCUCGACAUACCAACUAUAGACAUUCAGAUGGAUUCGAAACUAGAGGAUCUUGGAGCUGAUUCUCUUGUUGCAUCUGAGAUCAUCAGCAACCUGAAUAAUGCCUUAGGUCUUGAUAUCUCACCGACCGAAUUCUCCUCAAUGGCUGAUGUGGCAUCUCUCUGUGAAUAUAUUGCGGACAGUGGUGGUGACUCCUUGGUACAGACUCCUACGACCAGUUUAUCCAGCCUUUCCAACACACACUGUACUUCCAGAGAUGAUCUCUCUAGGGCCUUAGUUGCAGCUGCAGCGGCCCCAAUAGAGAGCAAGAAGUCAACCAUAGCCAAAGGCCACACGGUGUCGAUACAUAUGGCUUUCCAACAAAUCCGGAGCAGUUUUGAUACCUAUGCGAAUAAUACCAAGUUCACCGGCUUCUGGGAUCGGGUAUACCCACAGCAGCUGGGGACCGUCACAGCCUUUAUCAUGGAAGCCUUUGAGAAGCUCGGUUGUCCCAUUAGGGAUUUCAGCCCAGGGAAGAAGCUCCCGAAUCUGCAAGGAACACUGCCGAAGUAUCGCAGGGAGACCCUCCGGCUGUGGGAGAUCUUAGAACAGGUUGGAGUAGUCGAGAAAGCAGGAGACCACUUCAUACGCGGUCCUGUGUUUUUAGGCGGUGGUGCAAGUGAUCGUUCUGGACUGGAACUAAUAACGGAACUUAUAUCGAACUUCCCCCAGUACGCAUCUACACACGGCCUACUCGGCCUCCUUGGACCACACCUAGCAGAGUGUUUGACAGGCAAGUCAGACCCUGUCCCCCUUCUAUUUGGUAGCGAUAAGGGUCGCGGCCUCCUCGAUGACUUCUACGCCAACGCACCGGAUCUUCUGGCCGCUACGAACCUGCUUUGCGACUUCAUGUCCGCAGCCAUCCACUGCAAAGCUUCAAACGGCGAGCCCUUCCAUGUCCUGGAAGUUGGCGGCGGUACCGGUGGGACCACCAAGCACCUUAUCCCAGUGCUCCAAGCCACUGGGCUCCCUUUCAAAUACACGUUCACCGAGCUCUCAGUUUCAUUGCUGGCACGUGCCAAGAAAACCACGUUUAAGGGCAUUGCAGGCGUGGAGUUUCGGAAACUAAAUAUCGAGGAUGACCCGCCCGAGGAUCUGCUGGGGCGCUACCAUAUCGUGGUGUCAAGCAACUGCGUACACGCAACGCGCAACCUGCGAAACAGCCUAGUUAACAUGCGCAAAUUGGUACGACCGGAUGACGGAUGCGUGGCACUGGUAGAGUUAACGCAAAAGUUAGCCUGGUACGAUCUAGUCUGGGGCUUGUUGGACGGUUGGUGGCUUUUUGACGACGGCCGGAAGUACGCAUUGCAGAGCCCAUGGGCCUGGGAGCGGGUGAUGCUAGAUGCGGGCUUCGCACAUGUCGAUUGGUCAGAGAGCGCGAGUCAUGAAUCUCGAAGUGUUCGAGUAAUCUGUGGCACGGUCGCCGAGCCGGAGAGAGCAUGCCCGGCAAAGGCAACCUCGAUGCUCCUGCAUCGCCCAACUUUUGAUUCAGGAGACCGCAGCCUGUUUCUGAUCCCGGAUGGAUUUGGCUCCGGUGCUGUGUUCGAUGCCCUUGCGCCGCUGCUCUCUCCAGUGGAACAUGUGUCUGUCUACACGCUCAGCAGCCCCUUUCUCAAGCGUAAGCCCGAUUCAAACCAAGUGCCCACUAUUGAGGAGCUUGCUGCCAUCUACGUGACCGAGAUUAAGCGUCGGAAGCCCGAGGGCCCUUAUAUGAUCGGCGGGUACUCGGUCGGUGGGGUGUUGGCAUUUGAAGCGGCACGACAACUUCUUGAAGAUGGCAACGAAGUCAAGAAGAUGUUUCUUAUUGAUACAGCAUGCCCCACCUUCGCCCGCUUUAUGCCAGAUGCACUGGUUGACUUUCUGGAUUCCAUCAACCGCUUCAGCAUGAUGGAUGACGAAACCCCAGAGAACAAGCGCGGCUCGCCCCUGGCGAGCGACCAUUUCACGCUGGCAAGGCAGCAACUGUUGAGGUAUCGAGUGAGUACGCUACCAGGUCAGAAGAUCCCACAGGUUGUACUGUUCUCAGCGAGAGAGGGUGUGAAUAAACAGGAUGAGGUACCUCUACCUAAGGUUCUCCCUAUGGAACAGCAACUGGUGAACUGGUUCCUGAAUGACAGAGCCGAUGAUGAGUUGUUUGAAUGGGAUAAGGUUGUGGACAAUGUUAUAGUGAUUCCGACCGACGGCAAUCACUUUUCAAUGAUGCGAUCCCCUCUGAUUGCCCCCCAAAGCUACUCAACCCUUCUAAACACAAUCCAAUCCCCGACUCCCACAAUCGUCGAUUUCACGGCCGGCUGGACCGGCCCGUGUCGCCCCAUGUUCUCCGCUUUCGAGCAGAUCUCCCAUGCAACACCGCACAUGGCGUUUUACCGGAUGGACGUGCGGAAGUUGUCGGACGAGGAGAUCGCCAAGUUGGGGAUUGUGGCUAUGCCGACGUUUAUGGUGUUCCGGGAGGGGAGGAAGGUGAAGGAUUUGGUGGGGGGCAGUCCUGGGGGUUUGGAGGGGUUUGUCCUUGAGGGGCAUUGA